GUAUCACUAAGAUGGACUUGCACUGGUGGAAGGCGUUCCGGAUUUGAGGCUUUACAGUUGGUCUGCAAGUUAGGCUGCAGUCAGGAUCUGAAAUCUGGAGGUGGCCUGGGAUUGGAUUUGGAGUGGAAUGAAAGGCCUUUAAGGGGUUCACAUGGAAACUUGAAGCUAAUCUGGAAGUUAUCGUUAGUGGGGAGUUUGGAGCCUGGGACUCUGGAAGUCAUAGAUUUGUUCUUUUAUUUAUUUGGAGACGUUUAAACCAGCAACUUGAGCAUCCUCUUCUGGAUUGAAGAGUUUGGUGGCUAUUAUCUAUCACAAUAACUGUAAUGACUGCCAACAGCAUGCCUAAGCAAGUGGAGGUACGAAUGCAUGAGAGCCACCUGGAGCCCAUCGAGGCCACACCACACUCAAAAUGUGCCCUCAUCUGCCAGAAGAUGCUGAAGAACCUGCUCCUCACACUCACUGUAAUGGGUGUGAUAUUGGGAGCUGUAGCUGGUAUGCUUCUGCGUGUGGCCUCUCCUAUCGAUGACAACAUUGUCAUGGUAAUUGCAUUCCCCGGUGAUAUUCUAAUGAGGAUGCUUAAAAUGCUUAUUCUUCCACUCAUCAUUUCCAGUUUAAUCACAGGUCUUGCAGGUCUGGAUGCCAAGUCUAGCGGCCGUCUUGGUACUAGAGCAAUGAUUUACUACAUGUCCACCACUAUAAUUGCCGCUGUGCUGGGAGUAAUAUUAGUGUUGAUUAUCCAUCCUGGCAACCCCAAACUAAAGGAAAACCUUGGGGAGGGACUCAAGAACGAUGACGUCUCUAGUCUUGAUGCUUUUUUUGACCUCAUUAGGAACCUCUUCCCUGAGAACUUGGUGCAGGCUUGCUUCCAGCAGAUCCAGACUGUUGUGAAGAAGGUUGAGGUUGAGCCAGAAUAUGACACCAACAGUUCCUUGCAGAACUUCCUUUCGGGUGCCACUAAGCCUCCUCCCAUAUUCAAGGAAAAGAAGUCCCUGCAAUAUAAGAGUGGAAUGAAUGUUUUGGGUGUGAUUGGAUUCUUUAUUGCCUUUGGAAUCUGCAUGGGGAAGAUGGGUGAGAGGGCAAGGCUUAUGAUUGACUUCUUUAACAUCCUGAAUGAGAUUGUGAUGAAGCUGGUCAUUAUGAUCAUGUGGUAUUCUCCCUUCGGUAUUGCCUGCUUGAUCUGUGGCAAAAUUAUCUCCAUCAAGGAUUUGGAAGUAGUGGCCAGACAGCUGGGGAUGUACAUGGUCACAGUCAUCAUUGGCCUCAUCAUUCAUGGUGCCAUAUUCCUACCAUGCAUUUACUUUGCCAUUGUGAGAAAAAAUCCCUUCAGCUUCUUCAUAGGCAUCUUCCAAGCCUGGAUCACUGCCCUGGGAACAGCUUCAAGUGCUGGCACACUUCCUGUCACCUUCCGCUGUCUAGAGGAGAACCUGGGCAUUGACAAGAGAGUAACACGCUUUGUACUGCCUGUUGGUGCAACAAUCAAUAUGGAUGGCACUGCUCUUUAUGAGGCAGUAGCUGCUAUCUUCAUUGCCCAGAUGAACGGCAUUGACCUGGACCCUGGCCAGAUUGUCACAGUCAGUCUUACAGCUACAUUGGCCAGCAUUGGAGCUGCCAGCAUUCCCAGUGCAGGGCUGGUAACCAUGCUGCUCAUUCUGACUGCAGUGGGACUUCCGACUCAGGAUAUCAGUCUUCUGGUAGCUGUUGACUGGCUUCUGGAUCGUUUCCGUACCUCUGUCAAUGUGGUGGGUGACUCAUAUGGUGCUGGGAUCGUGUAUCAUUUGUCUAAAGCAGAGCUGGAUGCCCUGGAUGCUCAGCAUGGGAACUCUGAUGACAUAGAGAUGACCAAGACACAGUCCUAUUAUGAUGACCUCAAGAACCAUCAUGAAAACAACUCCAACCAGUGCGUCAUUGCUGCUCCAAAUUCAGUCAUAGUAGAUGAGUGCAAGAUAACCUCGGCAACCACAAAUGGCUCGACUACAGAGUAUGCGCUCAUUGAAGAGGAACCACGAAAGAGUGAUUAAUGCGAGCACACAGACCCCUUCUGUAUCCAAGUCUCCAAGCUUUUUAUCUACUGAAAAAAGAGAGGAAUAAAAAGACCUGCUAAAAUCAUGCAAACAGAACAAAUAAUGUGUUUUGUAGUUUAGGCUUUUAUGAUUCCCCAAUUAAGUUCAUUUUAUCUGAAAUAACAUAUACUAAUGUGAAAAGGUAUUAUAAGCACAUUGUCUGAUAGUGCCCUAACGUGCCUAUGAACUAACACUUGCACAAAAAAUCAAGGCUUGGCUGGGCAAAAGUAGAAAUAAUAUAUUGUAUACUUUAAAUUAUUCCUGAUAUUAAUAUCAGAACUUGUACUAUGUGAAUAGUUAAUGACUUUCAGAUAUUAGGGAGAGAGUACACAGAAAACCCAUCAGUUCAGUUUGAACUAAACAAGCCUGAACAGAGCCAAUGCCUUCCUGUUCUUUUACCGCAAUAGUCAUUUACCCCCAUAUAACCUCACUCCAUGAUCUCUGACCUACAGUAUCUGGCACAAUUUGUUAGUGCCUUUACUAUCUGAGUGUGUCUGAGAUCCCCAGUCAUCUGCAGGCAGAUCUGGGCUUGUGUAACACCACCAUUUCAAAAAUCACCCCAGCACUAAAAUCUAUUUAAAUGGGGUAGCAUAUGUAUAAUGACCAGGGGAUAGUGUUUAUUCCUCCUCUGUACUGAAUGAAAUGAAUACAACCAAUAAGUUGGUUUACAAAUGCAAAAUUUUAAUGAUUAUACAAUGAAAUUAAGGUUAAGGUUAGCUAUAUCAAUUGUGUUUAUCAUCUCUUUGCCCUCUGUCAGGUUUGACUGAGUGAGUUCUCAAUGAGGUUCUCUUUUCUACCAACUAUUCUGUCUGACAGUAUCUGUGUACACUCUCUCAAAUGAUUUUUGAAAAGUUUUCUUAGCAAGUGUCACUUGUAGAAUGAAUUCUUAUAAGAACUCCUCCAUCACACCCCUGGUGUUACUAGAAAUUGCUAAUAACUGUAGAGGUCUCUGUACACGCUUGAAGAAAUCAAGAGCACAAGCCAGAAGGCUUUGGGACAUUUUAACCUCUCUUUCCCUUUUUUCUCCUUUUCUUUUCACAUGAGGGAACUGAUAAGAGAAGGUGAGAUUAGGGUGAAUAAGAGCAUCAGAGAAUGGACAAAACAAGCAACAGCCCACAGUGUCACUGACAUUCCCUAAAAAUGAUGUGAAUAAUAAACAAUCUACCUUUAGCCUAAAAGCACACACUGCCUUCUAUAGACAGCACCAGAGCCUGGUGAAAUAUCCCUGACUACUGAUAUUUAGCACAUUGUUCAGUAAAAUAAUGAAGCUUUUUAUUGUUAUUUUAAAGUUAUAUUUCAAAAUGCAUGUGUUGGAAUUUUAUCCACAGUUAAUCUCUACAUUUGCCUUGAUUGGGUGAAACAUUAAAAUUAGUUUAAAAUAAUAGUAAGUAUUUGAAAAUAAAACUUUGUGCCCCAAAACUAAAAUUAUAAGUAAGUAGUCUAAAUGAAUGAAUGCAUAGCACAAGGCAUUUACACUCUCCAUUCUUUCUCCUCCUAUUUGCAGAUUGUAGAACGUUAGAUACUCAGGCAAAUAAAGAUGCACUCAGUGUUAUCAGGGAAGACACAUUCCUAAUGCAGCCAGUUGAAAUAUUUUAUACUAAGCCCUCUGAACAUGCUGUAGAGUGAUUACUGUUUACAAUUUCACAGUGGGUUUACAGCUUGCCAAAUGCCUAUUGCCUUUAUAUUAUAAAAGCUUGCACUGUAUGUAUCUGCUUCUUUCACACUUACUGCCUAUGAUUUUCCAUUAUAAAACAAACACUUUUUAAACCCCAAGAAAGCAAGCAUAUCCCCCCAAAAGGAAUAUGUUUAAAAUAAUAUAAUUUGAAAAGCACAUUUUAAGGAACAAUGUUAAGGCUAACAUUCCAAUUCAUAUUACCUUGGCUUGUUUCCUUUUUAAAAGCACACUAAACAAUCACACUUAAGUAAAAUGAAGCAAUUCUAAAAAGGAUCUUGAUAUAUUAGAGAAAUGCAAGACAAUAAGGAUAAAUAAAAGAGGAAGUGAGCAGGCGUGCAUGAGUAAACACUACCAGUAAGAGUACCUCAAUACAGUAGAGUUGUGAACUAGAGGCACCCACUGCUCUCCAUAACUUCCUUAGAUGUCUCUGUCCUUUAACACUUACUCCAUAAAGAUUUCCCCUCUUCGAAACAUGACUACGACUGUUGUGGCAGACCCACCAUGCUGCAAUGCCUACCUACAAUGACAGCACAAACCUCGAGAAAUAUAGUAACUGAUACCAGAAAUGCAGUGUGUUACCAAUUAACCAAAUGAUGAAUGAAAAGAAUGCACAAAUCAUAUACAUAGGCAUGUUUUUUCUAAUGGAUGGCUGUGAUAAAUUUGCAUAGUAACCUCCUUUAGAAUCUGCCUCUAAAACCAUUAACCACUAUGUAUUGUUUGUGUGGUAUAUGCUGUAUGUUUUUGUUUUUUUGUUGUUGUUUUUUUAAAUAAAGCUUAACACAUAUGUUUUUAGCUGUCUAGCUGUUUCAGUAGAAAGAUACAUUGUGAGGAGCACUAUCUCAUAACAAAAUGCAGAGCUCUUCGUGACAUUUCACACAACUGAUUUCUGUGCCAAGAGAAUCAUCACUUCAUCUCAGUAUUGUGUUUUCACUGUUCCAAUAUUGCAAUGUUAAUGCAUAUCAAGCACUACCACAUAUGAGGAGAUGUUAAUCUGAUGAUGUCCUAGUACAUAAGGACUGUCCUCAACUCAUACAAGUGUGGACAUUUCUUUCUCUCUCUCUCUUUUUUUUUUGUUAACCAGAUACUUCAAAGCAUGAUGUGAAAGUGCCUCCAUGCACUUUGUGUACAUAUUGUAGGUAAUGGAUUUGUUUUUCAAUGUAGUGUUUAAUUGUGUGACUUUUUAUAAUCCUAUAGAAGUGUACCUUCUAUGUAAUGGAUAAAUUAAUUAGAUUAGAAAAUUGUGUGUAAUAUAUUGCUUGUUCCUAAGCUUAAAAAGCUGUAUGUAGCUGUCUCACAUAAAUGUUCUAUAUCCAAUAUAUAUCUUUUUUUUUUUUGUAUCUAAUGUAAGUUUUGAAUGUUUGUUCUAUACAGGAAAAGUCAUGUGUGCAUUCAUUUUCACUGUACAUAGUUAUAAAUGUAUACAUAUA